UAAUACUUUUACCAUUACGAUACAAAAUUAAUUUGUACCUAGAAAAGCAUCAAUCCUCCCAAGCACAGCAAUUGAGCCGUAACAUAAAUUAUAUACUGCCUGGACGUUACACAUGGAUGGAGCAAUAUUAUCCGUUCUUAAAAUGUUAUAGGCCGCCUUCAUCUUCUAGCCUUUGUCUUGCCAAAUCCAGUUGUCCUCCAACUCUACCAACCAUCGUGGCUUCCUGAUAGUCGAUAUACAAUACAGAUAUUAUUAUUACUAGCUUUGAUCCCGACCAUUGGCCGGGUGAGUUUUAUUUGAUAUUAAAUUAAUUUUGAGAAAUUUUGUUCAUAUUCUUGAAACUCUCAUUAAUUACAUGCAUACAUUAAAUUUAUAUUAAAUAAUUUGUUGUCAUACUUGAAUUAUUAUUCAACAAAUAUUUGUUAUUCUUUGUGUUUGACUUGAAUGUAUGGUUUGAAAAUUUGACUCGUAUAUACAAAGUUAAUUUAGUUCCUCGGGGAACAACCAGUCAACCACGAUAUUGAUACGAUAUAAGUUAAUUUAUAAGUGAAAAUAUUUAACUUUUAAUUGAGAUAUAUUAAGUAUUGACUAAAUGUAUAACAUGAUCAUGUUAUAAUAUCUCAAUUUUUUAUCAUCACACUCACAAUGACUCGUUUAUCCAAUCUUGAAUCAGGUGGAAAUAAAGUUUUCAAAAAAAUCACAGUUCAUGAAAUCUAGAUGCAUGAAACACUUAAAAUAAAUAUCUAAACAAUAUAUGUCAUUCCAUAAUUUUCAAAAUUUAGACUAACGUGCAACUAAUGUUUGAAAUAUUUGGACCGAACCUUACCCAAUAUACUCAAAUUAUUUAUGCUAUGCAUUACACGCUACAACUUGCUAGUGCAUAUAAAAUAUAACUCUAUUUUUUUGUAUUAUAAACACGGUGACAAAUAUAUAUAUAGUUAAAACAUAAUAUAUGGUAGCAAUGUUUUAGAUGGUAACUAAUAUAACUUAUAUCUAAAAAGGAAGAAACGUGAAAUUGCACGAAAAAAAAAUCCGAAAAUGGCGGAAGCAUUCACCGAGGGGCUGAUCUUAUUGUUGGUUUGAUUUUUUUUUUUUUUUGAAAAUAAUUUGAUUGGCUAGUACGUUGUGCUGACGUGGACCCUUCACGUUUGGAGAAUUUCGAAUCUGUGAUUCCUUUUUUUAGAAAUCCCUUAUAAUAUUCUUUAGAUUAUUAUUAUUAUUAUUAUUAUUAUAGAGAUUAAUUAUUGUUAUUACCUAAUUAAUAACUUGCUAAUUAGGAGAUGGCCGAGUUAUAGUAGAACAACAAUUACACUAGGCCCUAAAUCUGGUUAGGGUUAGUUGCCGCUGCGCAAUAACAAUAAUUAAUCUCUAUAAUAACUUGCGUAUUCUUUUUUCUCUUCUAAUUAGGAGAUGGCCGAGUUAUAAUUAGGAGUGUUGCGUAUUCUUUUUUCUCUUCAAAGUUCAGCAGCAGCAAGCAGAACAAGCUAUAAGGAAAAAACGAACGGAAGAAGAAGAAGAAAGAAACCAUGAAGUACGUCGUCGUGACCGGCGGCGUGAUGAGCGGGCUCGGCAAAGGCGUCACCUCCAGCAGCGUCGGCGUCCUCCUCCAGGCCUGCGGGCUCCGCGUCACCUGCAUCAAGAUCGACCCUUACCUCAACAUCGACGCCGGCACCAUGUCCCCCUUCGAGCACGGCGAGGUCUUCGUCCUCCACGACGGCGGCGAGGCCGACCUCGACCUCGGCAACUACGAGCGCUUCCUCGACGUCACGCUCACAAGUGACAACAACAUCACCACCGGCAAGAUCUACCAGACCGUCAUGGAAAAAGAACGCAGGGGCGCCUAUCUAGGAAAGACCGUACAGCUGGUCCCCCACGUGACGGAUGCGAUUCAGGAUUGGAUCCAGCGCGUUGCCCACGCGCCCGUCGACGGGAAGGAAGGUCCUCCCGACGUCUGCGUGAUCGAGCUGGGCGGGACCGUCGGCGACAUGGAGUCCUGCCCGUUCGUCGACGCGCUGGCCCAGCUCUCGUGCGGAGUCGGCGGCGCGGGGAACUUCUGCCUGAUCCACGUCAGCCACGUCCCCGUCCUGAGCGCGGUCGGCGAGCAGAAAACAAAACCGACUCAGCACGGCGUCCGGACGCUGAGGAGCCUAGGGUUGGCUCCGAACAUCCUGGCGUGUCGGAGUAACUCCCCGCUCGAGGGUUACGCGCGGGAGAAGCUGGCGCGGUCGUGCCACGUGUCGCCCGGGAACGUGCUGAGCUUGCACGAUGUCGGGAAGAACUUGUGGCGCGUUCCGAUUCUGCUGAGGGAUCAGAAGGCUCACGAGGCCGUGCUGAGGGUUUUGAAUUUGGGAGUCGGCGGGGACGAGCCUGAUUUGAAGGAGUGGACGGCUAGGGCUGAGCUUUGCGACGCGUUGGUCGAACCGGUUCGAGUCGCUUUGGUUGGGAAGUAUAUGGGUCUAACCCGUAUCAAUGAGGAUGCCUACCUUUCCGUUGAGAAGGCGCUCCUGCAUGCAUCGGUUGCUCUCCGGAAGAAGCUCGCCGUCGAUUGGGUUCCGGCUGAGGAUCUCGAAGAUGGAACCGCACAAGCGAACCCUGAUGCUCACAAAGCUGCAUGGAACUCGCUCAAGGGAGCGGACGGGAUUCUUGUUCCCGGAGGAUUCGGCGACAGAGGCGUGGAGGGCAAAAUCCUCGCCGCAAGACACGCCCGCGAGAACCGGAUCCCUUACCUCGGCAUCUGCCUGGGAAUGCAGAUCGCCGUCAUCGAGUUCGCGAGAUCCGUCCUCGACAUGCAAGACGCCAACAGCACGGAGUUCGACGCCGAGACGAAGAACCCGUGCGUCGUGUUCAUGCCGGAAGGAUCGAGGACCCACAUGGGCGGCACCAUGCGGCUAGGCUCAAGAAAGACCUACUUCCACCACCACGACGGCUGCACAUGCAUGGCCGCGAAGUUGUAUGGGAACGAGAGUUACGUCGACGAGAGGCACCGGCACAGGUACGAGGUGAAUCCUGAGAUGGUGUCGCGGUUUGAGGAGGCGGGGCUUUGGUUUAGUGGAAGGGACGAGAGCGGGGAGCGGAUGGAGAUUGUGGAGCUGCUGGGAGAGCAUCAUCCGUUUUACGUUGGCGUUCAGUUUCACCCGGAGUUUAAGUCGAGGCCGGGGAAGCCGUCUCCGGUGUUCACAGGUCUGAUAGCAGCAGCGUGUGGACAGCUGGAGAGUGUGUUGCAACAAAGCCACAGGGAAAGCAAUGAUGGAUUCGAGAAAACCGAUGGAGUUGGAAAGGUCGUCGAAAAGUAAGUGUUGGCGCCAAAAUGGACAUGUCACUAAUUAACGUACGGGUUGUUUGAUCGGAUGAGUUUUAAGAAAAUUAGGAAUUUUGGUAAAUUUUUGGAUUUUAAGAUUGGAGGAUUAUGUUGGAUUUUGUUAUUUCAGGGUUUGUGUUAGAUUUCGGAAGUUUUAGUAGUUUAACAAGCAAACACGAUGUGGCUGUUAACACAUUCAUCCAACAUUUAAGGAAUAAAAUAUCUAGUGAAUAAUAAAUUGGUACUUGAAAUAAAUGAAUUACUCACACUAUAUAAUAAUAACACAUCUAUUUACCUUAUUUCUAAUUUCAAAGAUAAAUUUUAUCAUGUUGUUGCAUUAAUAGUACUAGCGCUCUACCAAUUCAAUGGGUCCACUGAGCGAUGAAUUGAUCAAUCUGUCAAGCCUCACAACAUUUCUUACUUAUGAGAACAACAAUAUUGGUGUUGUACCCCUCAAAGCAACCUCUAGAUUGGCCUACAACCACCCUAAUCUGGACUGGUUCUCGCUAAACACGACCUUCUAUCAAAUUCAGAGGUUUGAUGUAACCACAAACUCACAAGGGAUAACACAAUUCUUGAUGGAAAAGAGCUAACCACUCUAGACUAAUCAUUAGGCUUAGUAGUCAUUAGAAAAUUCAAUGGAUUGGCCAACUGGCAAAAUGAAAGGAUAAAAUUCAC